AUGUCAGCCGUUUGGCUAGUUGGAGUUUUUGGGCUGAUUGUGCUUCCCGUCGCCCACACCCACACUAAAGUGGUAGAUCCUUUCCAGGAAGACCUCACCUACAGUGGCAUUAAUAUUGAACGAAUGGAGGGCUUCAUGGGACGUCUACAUCCGGUGCAAUGUAAUCAUUACAAGCCUCUGUGUCAUAAGUUCAUGAAAUGUUUUGGAAAUUGCGAAGAAUUUUUCAUUCCUGCCAUAAACCAAGAAGACCUCACCGAUGAGCAGAAGGAAAGAGCAAAAACUAUCAAGACAAAUCCAUGUGUCGCCAUGUUCGCCUACUGUUUAUCUGUUGAUUACUUUCAACUAGCUGCAGUCCUCGACCUCACGACACCAGACGCUUUUUGA